AUGGCCCCAUCGGACAUGGGGCCCGCGGAUCUCGAGCACAUCGCCGCCUACUUUAGCGAAACUCGAGCAGCGCUGGGAAUGAAGAAGAAAAAGUCGACAGGCCCAGAACAUUACCGCAACGAUGUGGUUCCACCAGAACUACGAAGAGCCGAAGCUCUCGGUAAGGUUCGAAGCGCGUCGACUAACACCAUGGCGACAGUGAAUUUGCGUGUGAGGGACCAUUUCGACGAAACAGGCCCGGCAUACCAAAGAGUUACAACCGAUGAUGCGGCCCAAAGAGAUGCACUCGAAUUGGCAGAAAUCCGUUGGUUUCAAAAAUCGGAGCUACAGGAAUCUGCAAUGCUUUCUGAUCCCCAAGAUUCGAAAAUCGAAAGUGAGGAGCUACCGAUCGAAGAACAUUGGACCCCACUAGAGAAAAUCGCGGUAAAAUCGGUGGAUGAUGCCGCUCAAGAGAUUUGGGACGGUGAGCGGGCGCUGCGGGAUGAACGAAGAGAGUUGGCAGAACUGCGGAAAAGACGACGGGAAGCCCUGAACGAAUCAGAAGCCUACUUUGCACGAUUGGCCGAAGUCUGCCCGAACCUAGCGACAAGAGCACGAGCACUUUUGGAUCGUCGCAAU